AUGGAUGCUGCGGCCAGUACUCCAAACAAGAGCAACUCUGUAUUAGGAAAUGCAUUUUCUUCUCCGGUGAGCGGUGAUGGCUGCUGCCCUACUCUUCUUGUUGGUGGUGAUAGAGAGUUUGAUGUCACUGGAUUUGAAAAGUUUACAAAAUUCACAGAGUUUGCUAAAGUUGGACCUUCUUAUCUUGUUGUCGCCAUUAUCGGCCCACAAAGUAGUGGAAAGAGCACACUACUAAACCAUUUAUUUCACACCAACUUUAAAGAGAUGGACGCUUUUAGAGGAAGGUCUCAAACAACAAAAGGUAUUUGGGUGGCAAAAUGUCCCACCAUUCACCCUUUUACUCUUGUUAUGGACAUGGAGGGUACAGAUGGGAAAGAACGAGGAGAGGAUACAGCAUUCGAGAAGCAGACUACUCUUUUUGCCCUUGCUGUUGCAGAUGUAGUGCUCAUUAACAUAUGGUGCCAUGACAUUGGCCGUGAGCACGCUUCAAAUAAGCCUCUCCUACACACUGUGUUCCAGGUGAUGAUGCGAUUGUUUGGUCCCCGUAAGACAACCCUGAUCUUUGUCAUCCGUGAUAAGACAAAGACGCCACUGGAGAAUUUAGAAAGCGAACUUCGGAACGACAUUCAGAAGAUAUGGGAGUGUGCUCCUAAGCCUGAAGCCCACAAGGAAACUCCACUGAGUGAAUUUUUCAAUGUUGAGGUUGUUGCGCUUUCAAAUUAUGAAGACAAAGAAGACACAUUUAAAGAGGAGGUUGGUUGCAUGAGGCAGAAAUUCUUCCAUCAUAAUAAACUUGCUGGAGAUCGACAAGCGGUAGUUCCUGCUUCAGGAUUUUCUUUGAGUUUACAGGAAAUUUGGGAAAAAAUAAAAAAACAUAGAGAUCUUGAUAUUCCUUCCAUCAAGGUCAUGGUGGCUACUGUACGUUGUGAAGAGAUUGCCAACGAGAAGUAUUCUGCUUUUGCAGCAAAUGAGGAGUGGAUUCAGUUGAAAGUGAUCUCAGUUCAUACUGGCUUCGGAAAAAAGCUGAGUUCAAUGAUUGAUACUUGUAUAUCGGAGUAUGAUGAAGAGGCUACAUAUUAUGAUGACUCUGUCAAAUCCGUGAAGCGCAAGCAGCUUGAAGAAAAAUUGCUGCAACUUGUUCAACCUGCAUUCCAAGAUCUGCUGGAACUUAAAAGAUCUGAUACUUUGGAUAAGUUCAAGGAAGCAUUUGAUAAGGCCUUGGACGGGGUCAAGGAAUUUUCUGUGACUGCUCGUAAUUUCACCGAGUCUUUUAUGGCUCAAUUUGACAAAGGGUGUGCAGAUGCUGUUAUCAAACAAGCAAACUGGGACACAUCUAAAGGAAGGGAUAAACUUAGACGUGAUAUAGAAGCCCAUGUUGCUUCAGUUCAUGCUGACAAGAUGAAGCACCAUUGUGAGGCAAAGUUGAGGGAGCUGUUAUCAGGACCGGUGGAAGUCCUUUUGAAGCAAGCUAAUAAUAUGACCUGGCCCACAAUAAGAAGCCGUCUUCGAGAGGCUGAAUCAGAUUUCUCUGGGAGAGCUGUUGCAAUUUCUGGUUUUGACAUGGAUGAACAAACCAAAGCCAAAAUAAAUGCAAGUCUAGAGAAAUAUGUAAGACGUAUGGUUGAAGAUAAAGCAAAGGAAGAGGCUGGAAGGGUCCUCAUCCACAUGAAGGAGAGGUUUAUAACAAAAUUUAGCUACGAUUCUAAUUCAAUCCCACGUGUUUGGAACCGGAGGGAAAAUAUUGGAGCGAUCGCCAGAACUGCUCAUUCUACAUCCCUAGAAGUGCUUUCUGUUAUGGCUGUGAUCCGUUUGGAUGGGGAUGAUGAUGGUGAUAAAAUUCAGGCUACUUUAAAAAGUGCCUUGCUGGAUAGAGAUAUGAGUACCACAACAAAUGACCUACUGGCUUCAAAUACUUGGGAAGAGGUUCCAUCAUCAAAAACAUUGAUCAUACCUCUUAAAUGUAAAGAGUUGUGGGAGGAAUUCAAGGAAAACACCAAGGACAUUGUUUUGAAGGCCAUAGCUGAACAGAAGGCCAACGCGCGUUUUCAACUACCUCCUUGGGCAAUUGGCUGUUUGAUUUUCGUGGGAUACAAUGCCAUUACGAGACUAAUGAGAAAUCCUUUGUAUCUGGGUGUGGGUGUCAUCCUUGUUGCUUUUUUACUCGUCACGCCCCUAUGGUGCUGGUUUGCCAGUCUCUGGUGAAAUCCGCAAGGGUUCUGUGAGUGUGGGUAUAAAGAGUGAAAAGACAACUUAGUGGGCUUGGUGUGGUACGCUCUUGGAGAAAUGGUUGCAAGGCCCCGAUCGACUUUAUUUCAAUCAACCAAUAAAAACUAAAAACUAAAAACUAUGUGAUCUCAAUUCCACUGGUUUUAAGUACUAGAGUGGAAUUGUUGUACUGUUGUAUUAUUAAUUAUGAAUUAUGAAUUUUUUUUUUGUACUGUAACAAGGGACAAGUAUAUGUAUUGUAUUGUAAUUUUGAAUUUUAUUU